CGAUUAUAGACGCCGAUCUACGUUAUUUGCCGCGCUUGGACACCCCCGAUUCGGGAGGUGGACCCUCCUCCAUUCUCCCUGGACCGGUGGACACCGCAGCCGACCCGUGGAAUGUAUCCACUCGAAUACGUGAACUACAACUGGACACCCCCGAGUCGGGAACAUCCUCCGUGCUACCUGGACCUCGACUGAACACUGUUCGACCAGAGAGCCGGGAACAUUCUCCGUGCUACCAGGACCAGGCCGACCAGAGACCUCCGUCCUCCAUUCUACCUUUAAGGCUUACUUCUGUAAUUCAUCUUGAGAUGAAACUGUUUUGUAAGGGGGCCCUUUUUUUGAAUUUUGUAAGGGGAAAAUUUGUACCAGAAGAUCGGUGGUUGUUCUCACGAUGAAUUAUUGCGAGCUCAAAUACCUGGCUCAGAACUUCCGUCGUUGAAACGCGGAGCAUCAGACGAGGAAGAAAGGGCGCCCAAGAAAAUGUCUCUUGUUAAGGCUGCUCAGUUCAUAGUUCAUUUCUACUUGUCAUUUUUUUUUCCUGAAGUAGAAAGGAUGAUGAACAAGGUCCCUUCCGAUUUUUCGCUGGCUCGUCCUCAAGUAGAUGUACUGCCCGAAACAGUCAACUUGUUCUCAAACACAUCCGCUGCCUGAAACGGUCGUCAACUUGUCCAUUCACUCACUUCAAGAACAGGGUUAGUACUAAAAUUUCGCUUUGAGCUCUAAUCUUGGAAAGGAUGAGUCGCCUGACAGUCCCAAGGCUCCGGCGAAUGAAGAUGGUGGCUACGACGAUGACGAUGGCGAUGUCCCGCUGGAGGAAGUGGUGCAACAUCUUCCGUCUGAAGUUGUAGGGAUGAAGCCAGCUAAUGUUAAGGCUUCUCGUCAAUAUUUAAUUCUUUCAUGUCACAGACUUGUUUUGCCUUUCACGUCAAUCUCAUUGUUUCAUAGCAAAAGUAGUUCACAGACUUGAUAAGAACUUUUCAGGGCAACACUUAAGUGAAAACUCCGCUCUCAUGUCCUCCUCUACGUCGUGCGGUCAAGGUCAUUCGUCUUCACUAUUAAGCAUUUAUUGUUUUUUCUCGCGGAUGAUACUAGGAUAUCGAUAUUGAAAGAAUGUAUGAGCCUAAGAACAAAUGAGUCUUCGUUUAAAUGUGUUGAGCUCUAACAGUGUUCAGGUUCUUGUACAACGACCUCCUCGUCGUCCCAAGAAGGAGAAAAAGGGGAGUCCAGGUCUUGGGCCCGAUGACGUGCUACUGCGUCACAAGACUGAUGCAGAAAUCGCAGAAAGAGAAAUGAUAUUAAGGCUCAGCUUUCAAUGGUCAUUGGGGUUGGUCACUGGCGACCCCUUGAGAGAACAGGGGAAAACGAAGGGAAAGGGGAGAGCUUUGAAGGGGGUCCCUUCCGUUCAGAGUCAGUGACCAUUGAAGGCUGAGCUUUAAUGAUAGAUCUAGAUGCACAUGCAGCACCAGAUGAGGAGCAAGAGGAUGGCCAGCAAAGUGAUAGAGGAAGUUCCUUCAUUUCAAAGAGCUCAAGCAGCAUUGAUGCGUCGCUUGUCGGUGAGCCGGUCCCUAAGUCUUCUAGUGAGACCAGCAGCAGCGGAGGCCGUCGAACAACACCUGAAUUCGGUAGAAUCAUCAACAUCUCCGAACAAGAACAAGAACAAGAUGGUGCUGAAAAUGUUGCUAUUCAUGAUCAUCCCGCGGCUCCGUCGUGUCCGCUAGCGGAUGCGGAAUUAGAUGAGCAGACGCCAGCAGUGGUGGUAGACAGUCAGACUCCUUUAUCCGGCAACCCAGCUCCUGCAGUGGUAGACGGUCAGACUCCUCUAUGCAGUGAGGGGGUUUCCGGAGCUCCAGGCUCGUCGCAGGGAGCCGACUCCGCAGCAGAGCUGACGCCACGUGUCGUCUGUGCAAGAGGGACCCCUUUCUCCAGGGUCGGGGUUCCACCCGAAGUUAAGACCACUUGAAGUGUAUCAACAUAUUUGUACACUGUAUUUCUAUUAUUUGAUUAAAUAAUAUGAGUAAUUCUGAUGUGGGCCUCAAUUCUGGAUUCCAAUCUUCGAAGGUUAUGGAAGGUGUGCGGACUUCAUCUCCAAAUGAGUCAUCUGACUCAGAGAGAGAGAAUACGACGUGCAUAGACAAAAAGGGACCUCCCAGAUGAACUUCCUUGAGAUGUUGAAUUCCCCAUACCGCUAAUUCGGGAGAAGAGCAAGGUUCGGGAGGGGGACUGCAAUCUUCGGGAGAAGUGCAACGUGAAGAUCAUCAGUUGGUGGGUGGUGCUGCUAGCAAUGUAGUUUCUCGUGAAGGUGAAGGUGG